GUAUGUAAAAGCCGACGCCGACACACAGCACUGUCAGAAACAACGGUCUAUGGUCAGAACAAGACACCGGACAUCUCCUCUUGGCGUCAACUCUUUCGAAGCUUUCGGAUUCAUUUCAAAUUCACGAUAUAGAGUUUAGAAGUUUUUUUUUUUCUAAAGUUUCUUUCUUCUAAUUCCUUUUUUUUCUUAAGAAAAGCAUUCACCCCCUGGACUUUUUUGGUGUGAGCGUAACGUUACAGAGUCGAGCUUAUCAGUGAAUACAGCCAUGGUUUACUGGAUUCUUCUUGGAUUUAUUGGAAUAAUUGGAUCUCUAACUGGUGUUUCUUCCAUUACUGUGGUGCUGAAUCAGCGAGCAUCACUUCCCUGCUGCAGCGGUGAAGAAGUCGUGUGGAGGAAGACCGUACCCAUAGAAGCUACUGUUGCUGAAUGCCUAAAGCAGAAAUGCAUCGUAAAAGACCCUUUUAGAGAAAGAUUUUCAGUCAAUGAAAAAAACCACUCUCUAUUUCUCAACCCAGCUAAAUACAAUGACCUGGGGCAAUACGAGUGCAGCUGUGAUGGCUUUAUCAAGCUAAUUAAGCUGGAUGUUGUAGUUCCUAUGAACAUGACGGUUGAGGAGCUGGGAAACGUCACUCUUCCGUGUUAUGCGGACACUCAAAGCGGUGUCAGGGAUGUGACGUGGCUACAUAAUGAACAAAAAGCUCUGCACUACACAACAGACAGAGGUUCGAUCCCAGGCCUGGGCUAUGAGGAGAGAGUAUCUCUGACAGAGGACGGGUUCAGAGACGGUGAUGUGUCUCUGACCAUCACUGGUGUCCAUCAGACAGACGCAGGAUUAUACCGCUGCUUCGUUCAGGACGAGACGGAUCGAGGAUACCCACACGCAUACAUGAUACAUGUGAUCAAGAAGUUCACCAGUGCAGGAGGAGACCAAACUGAGAGCAGCGACACAGAAAAACAAACUCGCAUUGGACUGAUCUUCUCUUUCUCACUCUUCACUCUUUCUUCUUUCUUUCUUCUUCUUCUUUUCUGCUGUAAGAAGACAUCACCAACCGUGGAAACUCCAGAUAGUGAGCCCGUACAGGAGAGUGACCAAAACCAAUCAACUCGUCCUUUUUAUUCUGGAGAAGAGACCUAUGUACUGUCGAACCUAAAGAUGAACGAUUACAGUUAUUCUAAUAAUGAAAACACUGACUCCAUUUAAACACAUGAACACGUGUCAUUAAUGUAACUGGCAGCUGCCUUCUGACGCAGAAAUACAAAAUAUGAAAACUGCCAUCUUGGGACCACAGAAUAUUUUGAACACUGUAUGUUUCAUUGUGUGAGUUCAGUUGUGUACUGAGUUGGAUGGAGAGCACAACAUGUAGAGAGAUGAGAGAAUUUUAAUAUUACUUCUUAUAUAAGACUUUAUUUAAACACACACAUAUAUAUCAUAAUGUAUAUGUUUCUAAAUUAUCAAUUUUAGUUAAUGAUAAUAAGAAAUGUAAGUAUGUGCUGAUGAAUAACAGAUGUUUAUUGGGCUCUGCUAUGGUCUCCUCUUGAGCUUAUUAUCAGUCACCAUUCACUUUAUUUAUUUUCAGUCACCAUUGAGAAUGUGUAUGAGUGAAGAAAUGCACAUAACUCUCCAUAACUGCUGUAUAAGGUAUUGUUUUUCUUUUAUUCUUAGCUGCCUUAUUCCUGUUUUUCUGUGUUAUCUGUAUUAAGGAGUGAGAAAUUAUAACUUUUAAGGAUGAUUUGGGAUGUGACUUGUUUGUGUGACAAUUGUUAUGGUUGUGCAGACUGUUGAUAACACAGUCGCUAUGGUUUUGGGGCCCAUUGCAUGUUUUCUAUGGAGCCCCUCUCAUCCUCUGCCCCCUUUCCCCUCUGAUUGAGAUGCUCCUGUAUGACCCCGUCAAUCUGUGUAUUACAAAAACAUGUUUCCUGAGAAGGAGCACUUUGGCUCCAAGUUGCUACAUUUUGGAGGAAAUUUUGUUUGUACACGUUUCUCUUAGACCGUUUUUCUUUGGUGUUUAAAAAUGUGUUACUUGGUUUUUAUGGAAGACAAGUAUUUCCUAAUAAAUCAAUUUAUUUUUCAGUGUUUUUUUUUUUGUUGUUGUUUUUUGUUUUUUGUUUUUUGUUGUUGUAAAGACUUGAAAUGUAACUUAGAUCUCCAAUAAUAAGCCUUAAAAUCUUUUACACUUUCUUCAAUUCAGAAUACCAAUGCUUAUUUGUAAUGUAUAUUUUACCGUGUGUUGUAUAUUAAAGGGAGAGAAGUAAAUAUAGAAAGGUAGAAAAAAGUGAAGGGUUUUUUUUCUUUCGUUUUUCAAAUUGUAUUAUUAUUAUUUUAAUAGUUCUUUUGAAGUUCUUCAUAUUUUUGUGUGUGUGGUUUAUGUCUGUUGUAACAGUGAGUUAUUUAUUUGGUUUGUUGU